AUGGCUACAGCAGGAAUUGACGGCAUAUCAAUUGCCAUUACAGGGCUAUCGUGCCGCUUCCCUGGUGAUGGAGAUAACCCAGUUAAUUACUGGAAGUUGGUUUGCGAAGGGAAAUCGGCAUGGUCCAUGAUACCUAAAGAACGCUUCCAUGGGGAUGCUUUCUGGUCCGGUGGCAAGAAGCGCCACGGAAGUGUCACCAAAAGCGGUCACUUCCUCAAGCAUGAUAUCUCACACUUCGACGCAAAUUUUUUUAAUAUUUCAGCAUCGGAAGCCAAUGCCAUGGACCCGCAACAUCGAAUUGCAUUAGAAGUCGUGUAUGAAGCCUUAGAAUCUGCAGGCUAUUCAGUACAGAGUCUAGCAGGCACACGCACAGGAGUCUUUAUGGGUCAUUUCACAAGUGACUACAAAGAACUUGUUAUAAGCGAUACCGAUGCCAUACCGCCAUACGCUACUACUGGACUGAACAAGACGUCAUUGGCUAAUCGCAUCUCAUGGACUUUUGACUUGCGUGGACCAAGCUUUGCCCUAGACACGGCAUGUUCCUCGUCGUUAGUAGCAUUUCAUCUCGCUUGUCAGAGCUUGCGUGCCGGAGAAUCAGACAUCGCUAUUGUUGGUGGUACAAAUGUGCUUCUUAAUCCCGAUAUGUUUGUGGCUUUUUCUGGCCAGGGCUUCCUCUCCCCAGAUGGCAAGUGCAAAAGUUUCGACGCGUCGGGCGACGGGUACGGACGCGGUGAAGGAGUCGCCGCCAUAGUAUUGAAGCGAGUCGAUGAUGCAAUCGUGGCAUUGGAUCCUCUUCGAGCAAUUAUCCGCGCCACGGGGUCAAAUCAAGAUGGACAUACGAAAAGCUUAACACUCCCCAGUGCUGAUGCACAGGAGGCAUUGAUACGAGAUGUAUAUCGGCUUGCGAAGCUAGAUUUUGCCCAGACUAGCUAUGUAGAGGCUCAUGGAACAGGCACGCAGGCAGGUGAUACUACAGAAACGCUUGCGCUAUCUAGGACGAUUGCCAAGGGUCGUUCAUCAAAAAACAAACUUAUUGUUGGAUCAGUGAAAGCAAACAUUGGCCAUCUCGAAGCUGCGUCUGGUUUAGCUGGCGUCAUCAAGAGUGUGCUCAUGCUGGAGCGAGGCAUCAUUCCACCAAACAUCCACUUUCACAACCCUAAUCCAAUGAUAGACUUUGCGAAUUGGAAUAUCCAGAUUCCUAAUCACUUAAUGCAGUGGCCGAAUCAAGGAACACGUCGCAUCAGCAUCAAUUCGUUCGGCUAUGGUGGGACUAAUGCUCACGCAAUUGUUGAUGAUGCGUAUUCGUACCUUGGAAAUCGCGGUCUUCGGGGGCUACACUACGUCAAGACGCUAGAAUUAUACUCGGAUGAUGGUGAAAAAGAAGAAGAAGAAGAAGUAGAAGAAGAAUACAGCUCCCAGCCAAAUACGCCGCGUAUAUUUGUGCUGACAGCGCAAGAUCGUGCUGGCUUGUCGCGAAUGAAGAAGUCGCUAGCGUCAUGGCUCCGUACGAAGAUAGACGAGCUGGGUGAUGAUUUAAACAAGGAGAACCAUCUCGCGGACCUGGCCUACACACUCAGCGAUAAGCGUUCAAGAUUGCAAUGGAAGACUUUUGCGUUGGCUUCAUCCCUGGAUGAACUGGCUGAUGCCCUGGAAUCCUCCGAUAGUGGCAGAAUAGAGGCCAUGUCAUCAAGUGUGCCACGUCUCGGCUUCGUGUUCACCGGCCAAGGAGCGCAGUGGGCUACAAUGGGGAUGGCACUUAUGGCAUAUCCAGAAUUCAGUGCAAGCAUUGAGGCAGCGGACUUGUUCCUUCGGAAAAAACUCAACUGUUCAUGGUCACCACGCACUGAGCUUUUUCGUGGCAGGGGUACAUCUCGCCUAGGGCUGGCGCUUUACUCACAGACGCUGUGUACCGUACUGCAAAUCGCUCUUGUUGAUCUUUUACGCAAAUGGGCCAUCAUUCCUGAUGCAGUUGUUGGUCACUCAAGCGGGGAGAUUGCAGCAGCGUACUGCGCGGGAUAUCUUUCUCAUGAGGAUGCUUGGCAAAUAGCCUACUGUCGCGGUGUGGCUUGCUCAAAUAUGAAGGUUGCAGCGCCAGAUCUGGAUGGGGCCAUGAUGGCUGUCGGCGCAUCGCCAGAUGCUUGCUCAGAUUUUAUAAAACGUAUCUGCCCGGAUAAGGUCAACAUUGCCUGUAUCAACUCUCCUUCAAGCGUUACCUUAUCGGGAGAUGCAACAGCCAUAGCUACAUUACAAGAGGCGCUACAGGAAGAAAAUAUAUUCGCACGAAAGCUUCUAGUGGAUACUGCCUACCAUUCCAAGCAUAUGCAGCUUGUUGCGCAGGAAUAUCUCGAAGCAAUUGCAGAUAUCCAGCCUCGAGCGGACACAACAACAGCGAGUAAUGCGGGGUGCAAAAUGUAUUCCAGCGUAACGGAAUCAGAGGUCACGUUCAAAGACUUAGGUCCCGAUUAUUGGGUUCGAAACUUGGUCUCUCCGGUGAGAUUCGCAACAGCCAUUCAGAAUUUGAUGCGCCCCGAUGCAGGUGUCCACUCCAACAGCGGAGACGCUGUCGAUGUUCUCGUCGAGAUUGGUCCACACGCCGCGCUUCAGGGACCAGCCACUCAAAGUAUACAAGCACUAGGCAUUAACAACAAGCCGUAUUUGUCGGCCAUAGUGCGCAAUCAAAGUGCAGUUGAGACGACGCUGAACCUAAUAGGCACACUGAUAGCACAUGGAAGGCCUUUGGAACUUGCGUCGGUGAACAGGACACUGUCAGUGAAGAAUAAACCGCUAGUUGAUCUCCCAUCCUAUCCAUGGAAUCACGCACAACAGUACUGGGCUGAAUCACGUUUAGCUCGCGUACGCAAAGACCGACAAGCAUCUUCCAGUAGUUUGCUAGGUGCACCCGUUCCGAGUUUCUUGGAGGGAGAACGUGUGUGGCGUGGUUUCUUACGUCUAUCAGAAGAACCUUGGAUGGCAGACCAUAACAUUCAAGACUCUAUCCUUUACCCAGGGGCCGGCUUUCUCGCUAUGGCAAUCGAGGCUGCUCUGCAAACUGCGGACACAGCGCGCAAUGUCAAGGGUUUCUACUUGCGUGAUAUUGAGUUCUUAUCUGCUAUGCUGAUACCAGAAGAUGACGAGCUUGAGCACACUAUAAGUCUGAGGUCAGACGCAUGGGUUGCCGAUUCUAUAGAAGGACUGUGGACCGAAUUCGUUAUCUGUAGCUCUCCUGAUCGCAAAUCUCUUAUGCGAAAUUGUCGAGGGUUCAUACGGGUCUGUUAUGAUGACUCCACGAUUCCAGCAAGGGAAACCCAAAAAGACUCUGAGAUGCUGGGGUAUAAACAAGCAUCAACCUUUGCGGCUGCGAAUGGUAAUCGCUUAAGCAAGCUUACCGUACCUAUGGUUCCCAAAUCCAUGGACGAGAUGUAUAUAUCCAUCGACAUACCGUUCUUGGCGGAUACUAAGCUGAAAGGGUUUUCAAAAGCUCAUAAGCUCCGGUCCAAGAGACAGCUGAAGGCAUCAGUUGGAAUUAUGGAUGAAACGGAGCAGCAGUCAGUUCUUGAGAUCUCCGGGCUCUACUGUGCCGAAAUUGCGCGGAUGAAUAGCAGUGGGAAGACGUCCGUGCUCGCCCGAAAGAUGUGUAGCAAGCUAAUUUGGAGGCCAUCUAUCAACCUUAUCACCAACGAGGAUAUUCAGCGUAUCACUUCCGCAUCAACAGGGCUAAAAGGUGGUGAUGCGUCAAACAGCGUGGCAGCACCUCAAAUAGGCAUGUACAAGCGCCAGCAGCUCUCUGAGUUUAUCAAAAUAUUUCACCAUACGACUCCGACGAUGCACAUUGUGGAACUAGCUCAAGAAGGCUCUAUCUUUGCCCAAGAUAAUAGUAUUCUAAAAGAUGUGCUGCGUACAGCAACUUAUACAGUCUUAGGAUACGAGGGAAAACAAAGAUUUGAGCUCGGGGAUUCUCCAGCUCUGAUCGAAAGAGGUAGUGCAGAGACACCAUCAGCUGAUCAAGAUUUGUUCCAGAAGCAUGUCAAGGCAGCCGAUCUAGUUGUCUGCUCAGCAAUUUCGCAAGCGCCGAUAAACAUUACCCGGAAUGCAAGGCUUAUACUCAAGGAUGGUGGAAAGAUCUGCACAAUUGAAACUUCGGAACAUGUGCCAGCAGCAAAAUCUGCCCUUCAAGAGGCUGGCUUCACUAAUUUGUUCCAAUUUGGCGGUUCUGCCUCUGGAGAGCCUGUAUUUUUGGUUGGUUCUGUGGAGAGCACCGGAAUUAUUGCUGGCAGUGGUUUGAAGGAGAAAGACAUCGUAUUAAUCCAACCUGCCAAUGCGAAUGAAUUUGUCACCGCAAUUAUGAAGCAACUAAAGACAGCAUUGUUUGCUCCUGGCCAUGGCACGUCCAUUCACACGUGGGGCAUCGACAACAUAUCUGCUCUUAAAGACAAGGACUGCGUUGCCCUUCUUGAGGUACAAUCCGCUUUCUUAGAAUCAGUGGAAGAGAAGGAUUUUUAUGCCGUACAAACACUUGUCACCCAAUGCAAAAGCCUAUUAUGGGUCGACGCACUAGAUGGGGUCAGUAAUAGUCUGGUCAAUGGUUUGGCAAGAGUGGUGCGCAACGAAGUCCCAGGAAGCCAAUUCCAGACCCUUCACGUAUCAUCAGCAACUCUCUUGCAGCCAGAGCGUCUGUCAGACUUUAUUUGCCGAUUGCUAGACUUGAAAAUUUCCGACAACGAGUUCACUGUUAAAGACGACAUGAUAUGUACUAGCCGUGUCCUCGUAGAUGAGGAGCUAAGUGCUGAGAUAGACGAAAAACAACCCAUGGGUGUCGACGCAAUUGGACCUAUUUCAUUGGCUAGUAUGGAUAUUCCGCUAAGACUAACGAUGACGAAUAACGGUGCAGUAUGCUUUGAAAAAUAUGACGCUCCAACGGCAGAUCUUGAUGGCGAUGAGGUAGAGAUCAAUGUCAAAUCAAGGACCAUCAGUGCUAACAACCUAUUUGCUGGCAUUGAUGAGCCUCUCGGAUAUGAAGCAGCAGGCGUGAUUGUUCGUGUUGGAUCCAGCGUGACUAAAUUCAGACCUGGUGACUCGGUGGUCAUGUAUAGCCUUGGUCUCGCCAAUCAAACUUUACAGAGAACCAGAGAAGAAUUUUGUCAUCCCUUGCCCUCAGGAUACACAUUUACGCAGGCAAUUAGUGGCGCUGCCGCUCAUGCGGUCGCAUGGUAUGCCCUAGACCGUAUUGCCCGCAUACAGAGUGGACAGUCGAUCUUGAUACACGACGCGGCGGAUGACGUCGGACAAGCUGCAAUUCAAAUCGCACAUAAUCAUAGCUUGGAAAUAUAUGCCACUAUCAAGGCGGAGACGGACCAGGCUUUGCUGCGCGACACAUAUAAUAUACCGGAAGAUCAUAUAUUCAACCUACAAGAUCCUCAUCUUGUGGACAGCGUCAAACUUAUGACCAACGGUCGUGGUGUCGACAUCCUCCUCAGCUCGCCAACAAAUACAGCUCACAGGCAAACGUCACAGUGCCUUGCAGAUUUCGGCACCUUUCUUGAGGUUGGGCUACGCGACAGCCCACGUAGCACGAUGUUAGAUACACGGUUCGUCCCUCAGGACGCAACAUUUAGCUCCUUUAGCCUCAACAGCAUUGCCACCAAGAGUCCUCGGCUUAUGGGUCAAAUUAUAUGUGCUGCUUUCGAACUUUACCAGAAGGGAAUCGUAAAGCCAAUCGCCUCUCUCAAAGUCUUUUCUGCCUCUCAAGUGGAGAGCGCCGUUCAGUAUGCGCAGACGGAUGGUCAAGAUAAAACAAUCAUAUUAUCAUUCAAUGACAAUGACCUUGUACCUGUACUGGGAUCUGGUAUGCGCCAGCCCAUUGAUAUCGAUUUGAGUAGCGAUGCAUGCUAUAUGCUCGUUGGUGGUCUCGGAGGUCUGGGUCGUAGCCUGGCCAUGAUGCUCGCGGAGAAUGGUGCACGAAAGCUGUGCUUCCUCUCACGAUCAGGUGCAGCAUCAACUUCAGCCACCGAUCUCAUCCAUGAUCUUAAAGGGCUUGGCGUGCAAGUUGAAUGCUUAAAAUGCGAUGUAUCAGAUAUAUCGGCACUCAAGAAUGCCUUGGACCGCUGUUCGGUUGAGCUUGGUCCAGUACAUGGUGUGAUCCAAUGUGCGAUGGUCUUGCGAGACACGCUCUUUGCCAAUAUGUCAUAUGAUCAGUGGCAGGAAUCCACACUCCCUAAAGUCCAAGGGACGCAAAAUCUUCAUAAGACACUGCCUGACGUCGAUUUUUUUGUGACGCUUAGUUCUUUUGCCGGUACAUUUGGCAAUCGUGGUCAGAGCAACUAUGCAGCUGGGUGUGCAUACCAGGAUGCUCUCGCCCUUCAGCGCCGAGAUGAGGGAAAGAAAGCUACAACUAUAGAUGUUGGUCUCAUGCGUGAUAUAGGUGUACUCGCAGAAAACGGCAUGACAGAUAAUCUCAAAGACUGGGAAGAGCCGUACGGUGUCCGUGAAGGCGAGCUACGAACCCUGGUCAAACUAGCAAUUGCCGGCCGUUUACCUGCCCAAGUAUUAACUGGGCUUGCUACUGGCGGUAGCGCUGUAGCGGCAGGUAUCCCUACCCCUUUCUAUCUUGCGGACGCCAAGUUCUCUCUUAUGGGUGCAACGGACCUUGAUAAGGUAAAUGAUGCCACCAGUGAUUCGAAUAAUAAACGCAAGAGUGAUACGAUUCGAGCAUUAAUUUCGAAUUCUGAGGGCUUACCUGAGGCAAGUGAGCAUGUCGUAGCGUCGCUUGUAGGCCGAAUAGCAAAAAUGCUUCAAAUAGAAGCAGAAGAUGUCGAUACGUCGCGGGCGUUACAUUCCUACGGGCUGGACUCGCUUGUGGCUAUUGAAAUCGUCGAUUGGGCUCUUAAGGAGAUUGAAGCUCGUGUUAGUGUUUUUGAUAUUAUGGCAGCCGUGCCAAUUACUGCAACAGCUAGUAAGAUUGCGAAUGCGUCGGCGCUUCUGGCUAGGAAGUAA